UUGUCCGGCAGCCGCAACGCGUUACGCAUUAUCCUCGCAGCUCCAAGUGCUUGUAGUGUCCAGCUUGAAGCCAGUGUCCUUUGAGGGCCGCUCGUAAAAAAGAAACCGCACUACGCUCGACUAGACCCUGUUUCCUGGCAGUUAUGUGUAGGCAAGGUUAUUGCACAUUGCUGUUAAUCGCAGCCUCGUGUUACCUGGUCUACUGCAGCCAUGCCAAGGCCAUACAGGGCACAAACAAACUGGAUUUACCAAAUCGCAUCAAUGGCGUCGGCAGCGACGUUGGCAGCGGCGUUGGCAGCUCAGCCGCUGCGGUGGAAGCACGCCACAAGCGUGCCAUGGGCGAAUACAAAGAGCUGAACGACAUCAUUGACGAGUUGGAAGAGAACAGUUUGGUGCAAAAAGCAAGCAUUGCCGUGCCACCAGCUCAGGCGCAGGAAUUCGACCUGGAUAAUAUGCCACCGUUGGCCUACUAUAUGCUGUUGCAGAAGCUUCGACAGCUACAGAGCAAUGGCGAACCCGCCUAUCGCGUGCGCACGCCACGCCUUGGACGCAGCAUUGACUUUCAGCAGCUAUUGGAGGGCAGGGGGAGCAGCGAGGAGUCAACUGGCGGCCAGUUUGUGUCGCGUUUGACGAAGAAAUCGGUGCCGUUCAAGCCGCGCCUGGGCAAACGUGCUCAAGUGUGUGCCGGUGGGGAUUAAGUCAUGGCAGGAACACAAAUCAGCAAAAAAAGCAACGACAACACGACUAGGACAACGGCGAGGACGAGGACGAGCCCUUGAGCAAGGUUGAGGUCAGCCAUCGGUUGGCACAGUGCCAGCUCCACUUUAACUACUCACAUAACGCCCCAAUUCGACAUCGCAAGAGCAGGAAAACCAAAUGCGUCGAACGAUGUGCAAUAAUUAAUCCCACAUAUUCUUAUUAAAUAUUAUACAUACAUAACUGUAGUAUAGCUAGGCCCAAUUCUUGUGGGAAUUCGAUAAGAGGAACACGACAACAAAUAUUGUUUAAAUAAAUUGCAGCACCUUCAAAAAUGAAA